UUGGAGCUGGGAGAUGGAAUAGGGGCUUGCUCCGUCCACUCCACGCAUCGACCUGGUAUUGCAGCACCUCCAGGAACGGUGCACCCCCCUCUCUGUGGUGAAAUGACAAAGGUUGCUGUGUCUGGGUCAGCUGCUGUUGAGAAUCUUUGCAAAGGCCGCGAUCCGCCUGUCUUGUUUUAAUGCGCCAGAGUCCGCAUUCUAUGGGUGCCAUGCGCUAUGACAAAGAUUUGGAUGGUCUAACCAGUGCGUGGUCACCAGUGGGUUGAGCUGACGCAGUCAAGAAACACUAAGUCUGCAGUCAGUCAGCUUUUGUUUGUGUUAACUGAUGCAAAAAUACCUAGCUUGCGCUGCAGCAUUGUAAACUGUAAGGCAGUUUCAAGCCUUGCUGGGCAGUUCCUUGUGACAUAUGGUUUUGUGGACCCCUCCCCCCACACACACACACACAAACACCCUUUGACUUAGAUGGUCAGCACCAUCGGUCAGUGUGAUAUGGCAGUGAAUGCGUUGCGUGUCUCUGAGCUCUGCAACUCAUACUUACCUGGCAGGGGAGAUACCAUGAUCACGAAGGUGGUUCACCCAGGGCGAGGCUCAGCCAUUGCACAUCCGGUUGUGCUGACCCUUGCGAAUUCCCCAAAUGUGGGAAUCUCGACUGCAUAAUUUCUGGUAGUGGGGGACUGCGUCCGCGCUCUCCCCUGAUCUCAUGUGGAAAGAAAAGAGUGGCCUCAGGUCUCUGCCUGUCCGGCCCUCACGGGCCCCGGACCGACCGACAUCGGCGAGCACCCGGUAAGCAUCCCCUGCUCCGGUCAGAUCCUGAUGCCACAGCCAUCCUGCUUGCAAUGGAAACACGGCUGCAGCCCCAUCAACUCUUCAGCUCUUAAAUCCUGUGUAUCACAGUGCACUACGUCUCACUGCUAACGACACAUUUCGCACUCAUCACUGUUCCCUCUAUUAAAAGGUUGCCUGGACCUCUUUACAGUCCAGACGCAAUAUCCGUCUCAUGUUAUUCAUCUAUAAAGCCCUUCUGCUGAAGCCUCCCAGCUACCUCACAUCUCUUCUUUCAUUUAAACCUGGUAGCUACAGAACACGAUCCAGUAACUAUCUAACCUUAGAUAUUCCAUAUACCCGUACUAAUAUUGGCAGAACUGGUUUCAAUUACUAUGCUCCCUUGAAAUGGAAUGAGCUGCAAACCGCUCUUAAACUGGAGCUUUUUUUUCAUCUUGGAGAUUUUAAAUACCUGUUGUCUGAUGUUUACAAUAGUCGCUGUAACUGUUUUAACUGGUUCUUUUUUUGUUUGUUUGUUUGUUUGUAUGCUGUGUUGUGUGUUGAUUGUGAAUGUUCCUUGUUCUCAGGCCUCUCUUGUAUGAGAGAUCUCGAUCUCAAUGAGACUGCCUGAUAAAAAAUGAAAAUAAAGAUAUGUUGAUACAAAUUUCACGACAAGACAGAUUAGCACAUUGCUGAAUACGUCAGACGUGAUAAUCAGUCAUUUGUAUCCUUUGCCUAAAGGAGUGCGGUUUUAAGCAGCAUACGGUUGAGCAGGGUUUUAGGACAGAGGUCUGGGUCUGGAGGUCAGCGUCCUGCUCCUCAGACCUUUCCUUGGAUUCCAGGCGUUCACACACACUGAGGACAGUAAAUCUCAAUUGGGAGACCAGGGUUGAGGCAUGAGUAAUUAUUUAGAUGGUCAGUGAUAGAGUCAGUUUGAAAGGUAAUGAACAACUCUGUCUCUGUUCUUGGCAUUGACCAGUUGAGAAGAGCCAGAGGUUUGGGCCAACCUCCGGUUGUGUAACCUGAAAGUCCAAACAAGUCUAGAGAAAUGUAUAGGAUCCUGUGUCCUGGGACCAGGUGAGGAACUUUCCCCGCGAGGAAGGAAGGUGUGAGUUUCACACACUGGCUUGUCUCGACGCUACGUUGUGAUUUACCGGUGUACACUGUAAAGCAGCACAGAGCCUCUAUUACAGAGCUGCCAGAGCAGUAGGUGGCAGUGGCAGGGUUUUCCACCAGCAAUGGACAAAGACCGACCAGGAAGUUUGGUGUAGCUAAAGUUGCAAGGACCCAACUUUUCAACAUAGCUUUGUUUGCUGACGUUGCUUCCCCUGUCACUCCUUGACCUGGCGCAGAAGGCUCAAUUUGGGUCUCCUGGAGUGCUGUUGGCGUAAGUGAGAUGAAAUGGACCGUUAGCGGGAGGCACAGUGCGGAGAGUGUGUGUCUGCCCUCCCACCUCCGUGCAGCAUCGCUUCUCGGCCUUUUGGCUAAGAUCAAGUGUAGUAUCUGUUCUUAUCAGUUUAAUAUCUGAUACGUCCCCUACCCGGGGACCAUAUAUUAAAUUGAUUUUUGGAGCUGGGAGAUGGAAUAGGGGCUUGCUCCGUCCACUCCACGCAUCGACCUGGUAUUGCAGCACCUCCAGGAACGGUGCACCCCCCUCUCUGUGGUGAAAUGACAAAGGUUGCUGUGUCCGGGUCAGCUGCUGUUGAGAAUCUUUGCAAAGGCCGCCAUCCGCCUGUCUUGUUUUAAUGCGCCAGAGUCCGCAUUCUAUGGGUGCCAUGCGCUAUGACAAAGAUUUGGAUGGUCUAACCAGUGCGUGGUCACCAGUGGGUUGAGCUGACGCAGUCAAGAAACACUAAGUCUGCAGUCAGUCAGCUUUUGUUUGUGUUAACUGAUGCAAAAAUACCUAGCUUGCGCUGCAGCAUUGUAAACUGUAAGGCAGUUUCAAGCCUUGCUGGGCAGUUCCUUGUGACAUAUGGUUUUGUGGACCCCUCCCCCCACACACACACACACACAAACACCCUUUGACUUAGAUGGUCAGCACCAUCGGUCAGUGUGAUAUGGCAGUGAAUGCGUUGCGUGUCUCUGAGCUCUGCAACUCAUACUUACCUGGCAGGGGAGAUACCAUGAUCACGAAGGUGGUUCACCCAGGGCGAGGCUCAGCCAUUGCACAUCCGGUUGUGCUGACCCUUGCGAAUUCCCCAAAUGUGGGAAUCUCGACUGCAUAAUUUCUGGUAGUGGGGGACUGCGUCCGCGCUCUCCCCUGAUCUCAUGUGGAAAGAAAAGAGUGGCCUCAGGUCUCUGCCUGUCCGGCCCUCACGGGCCCCGGACCGACCGACAUCGGCGAGCACCCGGUAAGCAUCCCCUGCUCCGGUCAGAUCCUGAUGCCACAGCCAUCCUGCUUGCAAUGGAAACACGGCUGCAGCCCCAUCAACUCUUCAGCUCUUAAAUCCUGUGUAUCACAGUGCACUACGUCUCACUGCUAACGACACAUUUCGCACUCAUCACUGUUCCCUCUAUUAAAAGGUUGCCUGGACCUCUUUACAGUCCAGACGCAAUAUCCGUCUCAUGUUAUUCAUCUAUAAAGCCCUUCUGCUGAAGCCUCCCAGCUACCUCACAUCUCUUCUUUCAUUUAAACCUGGUAGCUACAGAACACGAUCCAGUAACUAUCUAACCUUAGAUAUUCCAUAUACCCGUACUAAUAUUGGCAGAACUGGUUUCAAUUACUAUGCUCCCUUGAAAUGGAAUGAGCUGCAAACCGCUCUUAAACUGGAGCUUUUUUUUCAUCUUGGAGAUUUUAAAUACCUGUUGUCUGAUGUUUACAAUAGUCGCUGUAACUGUUUUAACUGGUUCUUUUUUUGUUUGUUUGUUUGUUUGUAUGCUGUGUUGUGUGUUGAUUGUGAAUGUUCCUUGUUCUCAGGCCUCUCUUGUAUGAGAGAUCUCGAUCUCAAUGAGACUGCCUGAUAAAAAAUGAAAAUAAAGAUAUGUUGAUACAAAUUUCACGACAAGACAGAUUAGCACAUUGCUGAAUACGUCAGACGUGAUAAUCAGUCAUUUGUAUCCUUUGCCUAAAGGAGUGCGGUUUUAAGCAGCAUACGGUUGAGCAGGGUUUUAGGACAGAGGUCUGGGUCUGGAGGUCAGCGUCCUGCUCCUCAGACCUUUCCUUGGAUUCCAGGCGUUCACACACACUGAGGACAGUAAAUCUCAAUUGGGAGACCAGGGUUGAGGCAUGAGUAAUUAUUUAGAUGGUCAGUGAUAGAGUCAGUUUGAAAGGUAAUGAACAACUCUGUCUCUGUUCUUGGCAUUGACCAGUUGAGAAGAGCCAGAGGUUUGGGCCAACCUCCGGUUGUGUAACCUGAAAGUCCAAACAAGUCUAGAGAAAUGUAUAGGAUCCUGUGUCCUGGGACCAGGUGAGGAACUUUCCCCGCGAGGAAGGAAGGUGUGAGUUUCACACACUGGCUUGUCUCGACGCUACGUUGUGAUUUACCGGUGUACACUGUAAAGCAGCACAGAGCCUCUAUUACAGAGCUGCCAGAGCAGUAGGUGGCAGUGGCAGGGUUUUCCACCAGCAAUGGACAAAGACCGACCAGGAAGUUUGGUGUAGCUAAAGUUGCAAGGACCCAACUUUUCAACAUAGCUUUGUUUGCUGACGUUGCUUCCCCUGUCACUCCUUGACCUGGCGCAGAAGGCUCAAUUUGGGUCUCCUGGAGUGCUGUUGGCGUAAGUGAGAUGAAAUGGACCGUUAGCGGGAGGCACAGUGCGGAGAGUGUGUGUCUGCCCUCCCACCUCCGUGCAGCAUCGCUUCUCGGCCUUUUGGCUAAGAUCAAGUGUAGUAUCUGUUCUUAUCAGUUUAAUAUCUGAUACGUCCCCUACCCGGGGACCAUAUAUUAAAUUGAUUUUUGGAGCUGGGAGAUGGAAUAGGGGCUUGCUCCGUCCACUCCACGCAUCGACCUGGUAUUGCAGCACCUCCAGGAACGGUGCACCCCCUCUCUGUGGUGAAAUGACAAAGGUUGCUGUGUCUGGGUCAGCUGCUGUUGAGAAUCUUUGCAAAGGCCGCGAUCCGCCUGUCUUGUUUUAAUGCGCCAGAGUCCGCAUUCUAUGGGUGCCAUGCGCUAUGACAAAGAUUUGGAUGGUCUAACCAGUGCGUGGUCACCAGUGGGUUGAGCUGACGCAGUCAAGAAACACUAAGUCUGCAGUCAGUCAGCUUUUGUUUGUGUUAACUGAUGCAAAAAUACCUAGCUUGCGCUGCAGCAUUGUAAACUGUAAGGCAGUUUCAAGCCUUGCUGGGCAGUUCCUUGUGACAUAUGGUUUUGUGGACCCCGCCCCCCCACCAACACACACAAACACCCUUUGACUUAGAUGGUCAGCACCAUCGGUCAGUGUGAUAUGGCAGUGAAUGCGUUGCGUGUCUCUGAGCUCUGCAACUCAUACUUACCUGGCAGGGGAGAUACCAUGAUCACGAAGGUGGUUCACCCAGGGCGAGGCUCAGCCAUUGCACAUCAGGUUGUGCUGACCCUUGCGAAUUCCCCAAAUGUGGGAAUCGCGACUGCAUAAUUUCUGGUAGUGGGGGACUGCGUCCGCGCUCUCCCCUGAUCUAAUGUGGAAAGAAAAGAGUGGCCUCAGGUCUCUGCCUGUCCGGCCCUCACGGGCCCCGGACCGACCGACAUCGACGAGCACCCGGUAAGCAUCCCCUGCUCCGGUCAGAUCCUGAUGCCACAGCCAUCCUGCUUGCAAUGGAAACACGGCUGCAGCCCCAUCAACUCUUCAGCUCUUAAAUCCUGUGUAUCACAGUGCACUACGUCUCACUGCUAACGACACAUUUCGCACUCAUCACUGUUCCCUCUAUUAAAAGGUUGCCUGGACCUCUUUACAGUCCAGACGCAAUAUCCGUCUCAUGUUAUUCAUCUAUAAAGCCCUUCUGCUGAAGCCUCCCAGCUACCUCACAUCUCUUCUUUCAUUUAAACCUGGUAGCUACAGAACACGAUCCAGUAACUAUCUAACCUUAGAUAUUCCAUAUACCCGUACUAAUAUUGGCAGAACUGGUUUCAAUUACUAUGCUCCCUUGAAAUGGAAUGAGCUGCAAACCGCUCUUAAACUGGAGCUUUUUUUUCAUCUUGGAGAUUUUAAAUACCUGUUGUCUGAUGUUUACAAUAGUCGCUGUAACUGUUUUAACUGGUUCUUUUUUUGUUUGUUUGUUUGUUUGUAUGCUGUGUUGUGUGUUGAUUGUGAAUGUUCCUUGUUCUCAGGCCUCUCUUGUAUGAGAGAUCUCGAUCUCAAUGAGACUGCCUGAUAAAAAAUGAAAAUAAAGAUAUGUUGAUACAAAUUUCACGACAAGACAGAUUAGCACAUUGCUGAAUACGUCAGACGUGAUAAUCAGUCAUUUGUAUCCUUUGCCUAAAGGAGUGCGGUUUUAAGCAGCAUACGGUUGAGCAGGGUUUUAGGACAGAGGUCUGGGUCUGGAGGUCAGCGUCCUGCUCCUCAGACCUUUCCUUGGAUUCCAGGCGUUCACACACACUGAGGACAGUAAAUCUCAAUUGGGAGACCAGGGUUGAGGCAUGAGUAAUUAUUUAGAUGGUCAGUGAUAGAGUCAGUUUGAAAGGUAAUGAACAACUCUGUCUCUGUUCUUGGCAUUGACCAGUUGAGAAGAGCCAGAGGUUUGGGCCAACCUCCGGUUGUGUAACCUGAAAGUCCAAACAAGUCUAGAGAAAUGUAUAGGAUCCUGUGUCCUGGGACCAGGUGAGGAACUUUCCCCGCGAGGAAGGAAGGUGUGAGUUUCACACACUGGCUUGUCUCGACGCUACGUUGUGAUUUACCGGUGUACACUGUAAAGCAGCACAGAGCCUCUAUUACAGAGCUGCCAGAGCAGUAGGUGGCAGUGGCAGGGUUUUCCACCAGCAAUGGACAAAGACCGACCAGGAAGUUUGGUGUAGCUAAAGUUGCAAGGACCCAACUUUUCAACAUAGCUUUGUUUGCUGACGUUGCUUCCCCUGUCACUCCUUGACCUGGCGCAGAAGGCUCAAUUUGGGUCUCCUGGAGUGCUGUUGGCGUAAGUGAGAUGAAAUGGACCGUUAGCGGGAGGCACAGUGCGGAGAGUGUGUGUCUGCCCUCCCACCUCCGUGCAGCAUCGCUUCUCGGCCUUUUGGCUAAGAUCAAGUGUAGUAUCUGUUCUUAUCAGUUGCUGCACUGUUCUGGCCACAAGGCUUUGACAGCGGUCGCCUCCAAUCGGCCGUGUGUGGUUUUGUCUCUGUGACCUGACCACCACUUGAUAGGAGGUAAACUAACACAUUCCUGUCAAAGGUACUCCCAGAACCUUUUGCUGGUAGCACAUUUAGACAGGAAUAUAAGGUGCGCGAAGAAGGAGUCCUAGGUUUUUCAGGUAAGUACAAUAACUUUUUUUCCUGAAUAGAUUGUCUGUUCCAGGUGCCUCCACCAUGUCGGCUCCCAAUGCCGGCGUGCGGAGGCACCACACAGUCCGCUUCAUGUUCCGCGAGAAUGAUGGAAAGCUGUUGCAGAUGUCAAGGCUUGAUUUCUCAAGGAAACUGAUUCAAAGAUCCCUCGGUUUUAAACCAGAUGAAAUCAAUUGUAUUGUCACCUUGCCCCUGAACAAAGGAUUUGACCUGAGCUUUCGUUCAGCUGUAUUGCUAAACAACUUCUGGACACGAUAUGAAAGUGUGAAAACCCAGUUUUCUGCAUUUAAUGUUGAGAGACUGACUGAUAAUGCCUUAAAGACGGUUAUUGUCAGAAUGUUCAAUGAGACUGUGAAUGCAGAAGACAUUUGCAUGUGGCUGGGGAGAUAUUGCACGGUUAAAGGCCAGGCUAUGAAGGUGAGAGAUGAGGAUGGCAUUUGGAAUUGUGCUUGGAGGGUCCCCAUCCAACAAUGGCAGGACCCCCAAGGCUUCCAAGGCCUGAAACAUCUGCCAUCUAUGAUAGUCCUGGGAAAUAACCGGGGCUAUAUUCAUUACCAAGGCCAGCCCAAACUCUGCCGCAAGUGUGGUGAGCAUGGGCACCUUGUGGAAGCGUGCCAGAAGACCAUUUGUACGAAAUGCAGAGAAAUUGGUCAUACCUUUGAGGAAUGUACCAAUGGCAGAAAGUGUAAUCUCUGUGGUGACACAAAUCACCUCUUUAGAGAUUGUCCAAAGUCUUUUGCCAACAAAUUGAAGGCUGCAAAAAGAAUGGAAAAGGAAAAGGAAACAGAAAAGGAAAAUGAAAAUGGAGUGGAAAAUGGCGGACCAGACAAAUUGUUUAGUGAGCUUUUUGAGGAGCUUGGGCAGUUAAAUUCAAAUUUCCCUCCAAAACCCCUGACUGGAGAAGAAGGGUCAGGUGAGGAGGGAAAGAGGGAGGAGCCAGCUCCUGCUCCACAGGCAGAGUCUGUGGAGGAUAAUGGAGCUGUGCAGGCAGAGGGUGGAGCUACCUCAGAAACACCAAAAACUAACAGCAAGGACUCCACCCUUCCCAAUGCCCAAGCCAAGAGACCUUUGUCUGAAUUGUCUUCUGAGUCUCCCGUAGUCUCAGAGAAAAGGGGAAGAGCUGGGAGCUCCUCAGACAGUUCAUCUGUGGAGGAUCUCAGAGUCUUCCCCUCCGAUUCACCCAAUGAGGUCUCUUUUCUCAAUAUAGCUCUGCAAUCAACCCCUAGAAGGGCUGUUAAUAUAAUGCAUGGUCUACCUGUAGGUAGACCUGUAAAGCCUGUAAGGGAAUUGGAGCUCAGUUCAGUCACUCUCCCCCCAUGA